AUGGAAAUCAUCGGAGCCCGCGAUGAUCGAGAUACAGCUUCAAAGUCGGGUAGCUCAGAAAGCUCAGACACGGUGACUGUUUUGUAUGGUUCGCAGACGGGUUCAGCCAGAAAGUUGGCUUUCCAAUUUGCCAAUGAGCUGCUGGAGAAAUACAGUAAAAAGGCCUUUGUUGAUGCUAUGGAUAAUUAUGAUCUCAGCUCAAUUGUUGACAGCACUCAACUGACAGCUAUAGUUUUUUUUGUUUCUUCAUAUGGUGAGGGAGAACAAUGUGAUAAUGCAUCAAAAACAUUCAGCUAUCUUUCAAAACUAUGCGCUGAGAAUAGCCAUCACCUGAAGAAUCUCCAUUAUGGUCUUUUUGGUUUAGGAAAUACUGCCUACGAUAAUUACCAGGGAGCUUCCAGAGAUUUAAAGCACUGUCUCAGUAAGCUGGGUUCCACUUUACUUGGGUCAUAUGGUGAAGGAAACGAUGAGAAAGGAGAAUUAGUGGAAGACUACUUACAGUGGAAAAACCAGUUCAUGCCGACUUUAGCUGAACACCUCAGAUGGAAGCCUUCAAAAGAAGACGCCUACAAGCCCUCAAUCGUUAUAUCUGAGGUUUCACCAAGAACGCACGUUAAUGGAGAAAUAGUAUCUUCUCUGCGAGAUUUGAAAUUUCUCGAUAAACCUCCAUACCAUAUUGCGAAACCAUUCAAGGCACGGCUCCUCAACUCGCAAAAGUUCACUGACGGACAGCGAUGCCAGUUUCAUUGUGAAAUCAGCUUAGAAGGAUCUAGAAUGAAGUAUCAAACAGGGGACCAUCUGGGGGUCUAUCCCAUAAAUCGUGAAGAAGACGUGUCUAAAUUCAUGUUUCUAUUUUGCCUAAGCCAAAAAGCAGACCAAGUUGUUGAGUUGAGAUCGGCAUUACCUCUCUGGAUUCCAUCUCCAACAACUUAUAAAGCAAUAGUAAAACACUAUCUGAACAUCAACUCGGCCAUAUCCUCUCAAAUGUUGCAGACGUUGGCAAACUUCGCACCCUCAGACAUCUCUAAAGAUCGUCUUCUGAGCCUUUCGUCUAGAGAUUUAUUUACUAAAGAAGUGGUCGAGAGACGAUUGACCAUGUGGGAAGUAUUGCUAGAGGCCUCCGACGGUAAUCCUUGGCCCGAUGUCCCAUUUUCUUUUCUUCUAGAAUCAUUGGGGAAACUAGAACCAAGAUAUUACUCAAUAGCAUCCUCAGAACUGUUAUAUCCGGACCAAGCCCACCUGACCAUAAAAUGCGAGAGAGAAUUAGUCAAAGGUAAACUCUUCUAUGGUGUCUGCUCAAACUACAUCGAAAGCCUAUGUUUCGAGGAGGUGGAUCAAGCUGGACGACCAAGAGAUUGGCAGACGGUCUCAGUUUUUGUUAAGAAAUCUAGUUUCAAGCCGCCUCUGAAUGGAGAAACACCAAUGAUAAUGGUAUGCGUGGGAACAGGUAUUGCUCCGUUCAGAGGAUUUAUUCAACAUCGCAUAGCCUUGUCUGCUGCACAUAAUGUUGGAAAAAUGAUCCUUUUUUAUGGAUGUAAAGAUAAGUCUGAUAUUCUCUACCCCAACGAAUGGCCAAAAUAUAGCACAGCUUUGGAAUCAAAAUUGUCCGUGCAUUUUGCAUUAUCUAGAGAGAAUCCGGCUCGCAAACAGUAUGUUCAAGACAUUAUCCUGCAACUCUCCAAAGACAUCUAUGAAUUGCUCGAGAAAGGAGCAUAUUUCUAUGUCUGUGGAGACGCCAUAAAAUUAUCAAAUAUGAGCAAAUUAGUUAGGCAGAUAUUAGUGCAACGAAAGAGCAUUAGUGAAGAAGAGGCGGCUAAGACCCUCAAACAACUCAAAUUGAGAGGACGUUACCAAGAGGAUUUGUGGUGACUGAACAAGCCGGUCUCGAUUUACUUAAUUCAAGGACCUUUUCAAGACUCCUUUCGUCACACGUUGCGAAGUCCCAAAAAAUGCGAAAAUAAGAAAGCCACACCUGAUUUAUUUUUUUUCCGUUUUAUCAAUGCUGCUAUGAUUAGGAGAGGUUCAGAGCUGUCCUUUCAUAUAGAGGACGAUACAUCACCGCUAUUAGAAGAUGCUGUCAGAAGAGUUGACUCGAUUCUAGCCAGUCAAAACAGAGCGAUAUCAUACCUUGUUGGCCAAUAUCGGAAUUCGAAAUGGUCUCAAGACCAUAUGAAGGCCGCUCUCAAGAUACUGAACAAUUCUUUGAAUGACGGUGGAAAGGUGAUUGUUAGCGGAAUUGGAAAGUCCUACAAGAUUGCUGGCAAAACCGUGGCUACGUUAAACUCUCUAAGUGUCCACUCUGCUUUAUUGCACCCAUCAGAAGCCUUGCACGGCGAUCUGGGAAUAAUCAGAGAAGAUCAUCAUGACUCUCUACUCAUCAUAUCUGCAUCUGGAAACUCUCCAGAGCUUACUACGCUACUUGAAUAUGUGCCAGCUUCAGUUCCUGUUGUAUUGGUUACAUGCACAAAGGUGUCUGCCUUAUCCAAGCAUCCAAAAGUCAAUGCUCUUUUCUAUGCCGAAUUGCCCCCAAAAGUCUCGGAGAAAAAUCUUUAUGGUCUACAGGCGCCUACAAUAUCCACCACCAUCUGUCUCACAUUAUUAGAUGGAAUUAGUAUUGCCCUCUCCGAGCUACAUAUCAGGGAUUUAGAGGUGAGGCAAAAGAGGUUCGGCGAUCGACACCCCGGCGGCGCCAUUGGGCUUCACUACUUACAAGACUUGGAUCAAACGCGGCGCCUGAGCGGGUCAAAUGGAUCAACCUCUGAAUGUUCGUCGACCGAAAAGUCAGUCUCCGAGGCCUCAAGCGAAUCUGUUUAUGAGCAGCCCAACUUGCAGGACGACGAUUUUGGAGAUGCAAACGAUAUCUUAGAGCUGCCAAAUUUGAAACUGCUGAAUGAAAUCAAAUUAUCAGUAUCUAAGAUUACUCUACCAAAGGUUCCUGGAGAUGAGCUGGAGCUUUUGAGACUGGCAUUGAUGUAUGACUUUCUAUUGGUGAUGAAUGCAGAAACAAAUCGAGGUAUCAGAACGAAGAACUUGUUGGAUAUCUAUCGCAAAGGCAAAUUACAGGAGGACUCUUGGGAUGAGAUCCUGUGGAAAAUUAAUGACUCUUUUAUCAAGUUAAGUUUAUAAAUAGGUUUAUACAUGAUACAACUCUAACGACGCGUCUGCCGUCC